AUGUCAAACCCCCAAAUUGUGGAGACCUCUGAGAGCGAGGGAGGGUUCGAAGCACACGAAAGUGAUGACGAGCAGCUUUGGGAGGCAGUCGCGAUUGUAAAGGAAAAACCGGGCUUUUAUCUGGUGAAAUGGGCAGGGAACCGUCCGGAUGGCAAACCUUGGCCCAAUAGCUGGGCCCGAAGAUGUGAUAUUACCGAUGACCUUGUCCACCGCUGGAAAGAAGAAAAAGGCACUAAGAAGAAGAAGAAGAAGGGUAAAGCCGAGAAAAAAGUCGCCCUCAAGUCUAAUGUUUCUGUUGGCAGUUCUAGAGCUUCUACGAUUGUGCGAACAACACCAACAGCGGGCUCCAGUUCCCGAUCUUUGCGUUCAAAUGCCACUGCGUCGGUUGGAAAGAGUGAAGAAUAUGAAUCUAUUUCUCGAGACGGCAGCAAGAAACGUCGCGCUUCCAAACCCCUUCCUGUGCCCUCAGAUGAUGAUGAGCCUCCGCGGCCACCUUCCAAACGCCGGAAGGUCACCGUUUCGAACGGUAAACCACCCAACAAGCCCCUCGAUCAAAUAUUCUCCGUUAGCAAAGGCCGUCAAAUAUCGUCCCCUCUUAGACCCUCAGUUAUCCUCGAAAAAACACCCUCCAUUCGCAAGCAUCCACUCAAUAGGCGCAUUUCUUUCUCUUCGUCCGAUGAAGGAGACGACAAUCCUCCAGCGACUGCCAUAAAGGCCGCGCCGUUACCUACUCGUUUUCGUUCUGAACGUCUCGUCGAGCAAUCGCAAGCCCUUGCGCCUGGUGGUGACGCUCAGUUAGAGCAGUUCAACAGAGAUUUAGCGGCAUUACCAGAGCCUGAAGGCGGUAUGCCAUUAGGCAAACCUUCACUUUUCCUUCCUUCCACUUCCGACGAAGAGUCAACUGACCCACCAAGACGUGCUUCUAAAAACACUAUAGCACGUCAGCGUGGGUCCCCAACCGCUACCGAGUACCAACUGAGUGCUCCACCAUCACCUCAGCAAGCAUCGGUCCGGCCAAUAAACGAUGAUUUCCGUGUUGGCGAUGUUCCAGAAACGCAAUCAACCGAGGGAGAUGAAGAUGACAUGCAGGAAGUAGUCGCACCACAAAUACCGAAGCCAACUCUGAAAGCCAAGAUGAAGCCUAGGUCUCCUGCCAAAUCGCUGAAUCCCAUGGUCUUAUACACCCCGACGCGAUUCAAGGACACGUUGCAUCGAGCGCGUCUUCCAGAACACCCGGACGAAAAUGACGAUAGCAUCAGGACAUUUAGCUCGCCAGUCAAGGGGAAAAAAACACAGGAACAGGAGGUCGAUGAUGCUGAGGAGCAGAGUCAGCGGCUAAGACGACGAGGAAUAGAACUCGCUGAUGCUGUGAGGGCCGAACGCAGAGCGCAGAACGCUCAGUAUGUACCCCAGCGAGCUGCUCUGACGUUGGAUGACAUAAUUCAACGACACAACCCACCACCAGCACAAGAGGGUGUGACGAUCCUGAGCACCACAGAGUCGGAAGCCAACGGGUCUCAACCUGUAAAGGAUCAGGUACUCUCCGAUGUCGUUGCUCUUCGGCAGGAAGAAGAGGAAAGCACUCAAGAUAUGAUGGAAUAUCUGAAUGAGGCGGAGCUCGCUGCCGGAGACAAGGAAUUAGACGCGGCGUCGGAUGGUACUGGUUAUGAGGGACAUUCUUCGUCAGACGGGGAGGCCAUCCGCUCCAUAACCGAGCGUUCUCCCGAUCUAGACUUACCUGAAAGAGUUGCGUUCUAUGCUGAAAUGUCGCAGUCGCAAUCGCAGCAAGGUAAAUACGAAAUUGAAGAGGGGGACGAUCCAGAAUCGCUCGUCUAUCAUGAAGACUCUCUGUUCGUCGAACAGCUCUCUGAUAGGCCUAAUGGCGGCAGUCCUGCUCGUUCAAGGUCUUCAUCAUCUGUCAUCGUCAAUCCUGAUUCGCAACUUGCCCUUCCACCAACUGCCUCAACUGAAAUGAACAGUCCAGCUCAGAAGUCCCAGAUUCCAUCGGAGGAGCCAGCAACUCGGCUAGAAGCUGCUAUGCAGCUGUUAAAUGAAAAGUCGAACGAGAUAAUAAGGCUUGGGAACUUGCUUGCGGACGAGCAAAUGUCGGUGUUAGCCGAGCGAGCAAAGAACGCGGUUCUGCAGGCACAAGCCCAAUCUUCUGUUCUCGCACGUGACAACAACCUCGAUCCCAAUGAGCGGCUCAACAAAGCGUUAGAGGAGAAGGGACUAGCUGAUAACCGAGCAUUGGCUGCUGAGGAGGCUCGGGCAGCUCUCCAAGUGCAACUCGAGAACGCUCAACGAGACUCGGCCUAUAACGCCCAACAGGUGGAAACUCUUCGGGAGGCUUACAUGAAAGCGUCAGCAUUCAGCGAUGAAGCGACUCGAGAGAACAAGAAACUGCAAGCAGAACUCGAGAUUUCCCAGGCGCAGACACGGAAUGGGGUCGCAUUAAUCAAGGCAACUUUUGAACAACGGGAAACGCAACUGAGAGCGGAGGUGACUGAGUGGCGCAAUCAAGCUAAGUUUCUUCGCGAGCAAGCCAUCCGAACCAACGACGAUGAUCUAAGAAGACGGGCAGCUGAGCAUCCAGAGCUGGCUGCCAAAUGUCUACAACUGGCAGAGGAAAAGGACGAUUUGGAGGAGCAAUUGGAACAAUUGACGGAAGAUUUGUCUGUUGCCAAGGACGAAUGUGCACGUGCUCAGCAAGACUGUGCAAGGCUAGAAGACGAGCCGCGACCUGUUGCUUUACAUGGGGAUAUGCUCAUUUAUCGUUGUCAUUGGCGAACACAGGAGAACGUUGUUUGCCCUGUGCUUGUACUUACAAAAGAGGGUCUGGAUGAGCACACGCUCAUGCACGUCCAACUCCAAAGUAGCAUGUUGCUCUUGAACUUCAUCGGUCUCAGUCUCCUCCAGAUGGCUACGGCUUCUCUCUACCCCACAUACCCCAUUCGCGACAGCGUGUUUUUCCCGGACACCAUCGAAUGCGUUACUUGGACAGACUCCGUCAGCAGCCCGCGUCUCUCUGAAAUGGGUUCACUCAGUAUUGACCUCUGCAACACUUAUGGCGACAAUUGCAUCCGACUCGCCCAUAAAGUCUCUCCAAGAUCUCGUUCGCACUGUGUCCACAUUCCUGCCAACUUGACGACAUGGGACCAUUACGUGUUCAUCCUCGAAACUUGCUCUCCGACGACGCAACAAUUUUGGACCGCAGACUUUACCGUCAACACUCCUGCUUCUCAACUCACGCCACCACCCCCAAGCGAUGGAAAUCGUACCAAUAUAGACCGACUUCUUACUCUCGUUCUUCCAACCACUACUCUGGUCAGCGAGAUUCCCCCCGCUCUCACAACUAUACCCGCAGCAAUAACUAUCACCGCUGGCCCCCCUCCAGCAGAUGGCGGAGGCGGAAUUGGUCUCAACCGUUUGGGCUCUCCCAACGCAAGCGCUCCUCGCAAAGGAAACCAUCUUCACAAAACCCGACUGCGACUAUUCUACGUCUUGUGGCCAUCUCUAAUAGGCGUAUCUCUUGCCCUAUAA